GGCUGCUGCUGCUGCUGCUGCCACUCUGGCGUGCGGCUGCAGUCCAUCGUCUGGAACAGCCAGCACGAAGUUAUCCAGCCUGGCCACAGCCAAAGGAAUGCGGCAAGAGUCCCCGAGGUCACCGCAGCGAGGCUGAGCGUGGAAUAACAAGCCAAAUCCGCUGGGGAUUUACAAUGCAAGCAACCUUUCGAGGUUUCUUUUCUGCUUUGCUCCCACCCUGCUGUUGGAUUUGAGAUCAUGUCGGUUAAUAUUGUAGCUUUUGGCAAUGAAAGAGAUGGUUUUUCUGAGGACAGUCAGCAGCCCAGCCUGAUCUGGAGCUAUCUCCGGAGAAGUGCUCUCAUUUCUCAGAUCGACAGCAGCUUCUCUGCCAGUCGAGUUGGGAACCCAGUUUUUGCUGAGUAUCAAGCUUGCGUAUUUGGAAAUGUCAGACUGGUGGUAUACGACUGUGUUGUCUGGGAUAUAUUUGACAGUGACUGGUACACUUCCUGCAGGCUCAUUGGAGGAGCUGAUAUUAUUGUGAUUAAAUACUCUGUCAAUGACAAGACUUCAUUUCAAGAACUAAAGGACAACUAUGUGCCAACGGUAAAAAAAGCACUAAGUCACUGCUCAGUUCCAGUAAUAAUUUCUGCUAUUGGUGCAAGAAAAAACGGAGUGCCUUGCACCUGUCCACUGUGCACUUCAGACAGGAGGAGCUGUGUCACAACCUCUGAAGGAGUUCAGCUUGCUAAGGAACUUGGAGCCACAUACCUUGAACUGCACACUCUUAAUGACUUCUACGUACAGAAAUACUUUGGAGGAGUGCUGGAAUAUUUUAUGAUCCAAAGUUUGAAUCAGAAGUCAUCCAAAAAAAUGAAGGAAAGGAAAAAGAUGCAGAAGUGCCAUCGAGUCCAACCACCUCAACUUGAACAGCCAGAAAAGAUGCCGAUCCUGAAGGGUGAAGCCUCACACUACAACGCAGACCUGCACAACCUGCUCUGCUGCUGCCAGUGUGUAGAUGUGGCCUUCUAUCCUGAGGACCUCAGCAUAGCAGUGGAGGCUCACAAGAUCAUCCUCUGCUCUGUCAGCCACCUCUUCAUGCUGCUGUUUGGAGUGAAGAGCCCAUCCGAUGCCCAUGACACCUCCCUUGUGCAGCUGGCACAGAGUCUCUUUGCAGUGGAGGAGGGGGAUCCCUUACCCUCGUAUCCCCAUGGUGUCCCACCCUGUGUCCCACCAGUCAGGGUGGUGGUGAAGGAUUCUCUCUUCUGCUCUUGUCUCCCAGAUAUCCUCCACUUCAUUUAUUCAGGUGCUUUCCAGUGGGAACGAUUGGAAGAGGACAUAAAAAAGAAGUUGAAAGAUCCAGAUAAAACAGAACAUGUGCUUGAGAAAGUUAAAUGCAUCCUGAAAACUCCAGGGAAGCCAAACACUGUAAAGGACUGCAAAUCUCACCAGAUAAAACUGCUCUAUAAUACUUCUCUCAGGCUGUUCUUUAACACACCUGUGCUGGCUGAUGUACUCUUCAAAAUACAAGAUGCAACUGUACCAGCCCACAGGGCAGUUCUGGUAGCCCGUUGUGAGGUUAUGGCAGCCAUGUUUAAUGGUAAUUAUCUAGAAGCAAAUAGCGUUCUGGUUCCGGUGUACGGGGUUUCCAAAGACACUUUCCUGUCCUUCCUAGAGUACCUUUACACUGACUCCUGCUGCCCAGCCGGUAUUCUCCAAGCAAUGUCUCUACUGAUCUGUGCAGAGAUGUACCAAGUAAUGAGACUCCGGCAUAUUUGUGAACUUUACAUCAUCACGCAGCUUCAGAGCAUGCCUAGCAGGGAACUGGCUUCCACAAGCCUCAGUAUUGUUAGCUUGCUCAAAAAAGCUAAGGUACUUAUUCUAUAUACCAAAUGAGAACAUACAUGUUGACUUUAAU